UAUGUCCCCGUUGCUGCGAAGCUUCAAUAUGUCUGCGCCCAUAUAGCGCAUUAUUGACAUCACUUCAGCAAGAACAUUAACCCGAUUAAUGUUAUUUCUUGGCAGUUCCCGAUGUGUCUCGGGCUGCUUUUGACUCCUCUGUGGAAACACGAUUAACGGGUUAGAUACUGUAGGAGAAAGACGGUGAAGACGAGCGUGGGACGAUGUCUGGCAUCAGCCCGAGCGGCCGGCGCGUUGUGGUGACUGGAGUAGGGCUGGUGACAUCGUUAGGUGUUGGGGUGAAGCACGUCUGGCGGAGACUAACAAAUGGAGAAUGUGGGAUCAGUAAACUGACAGGCUCAGAAUAUGACAACAUUCCGUGUAAGGUAGCAGGUCAAGUUCCACGAGGACCUGGGGAGGGUAACCUUGACCUUGACCGCCACUUCUCUGCAGCCACGUUGAGAGAAAUCCCACUGUCUGCUGCAUAUGCUGUUCUGGCUGCAGAAGAAGCAAUGGCAUCUGCAGGAUGGUCCCCUGGCAGUGAGGAGGAAGAACAUAGAUCAGGCGUUGCCAUAGGAACUGGGAUGGUUGACCUUGAGGAAGUCACAAAGACGGGGAUGGUUCUCCGUGAGCGUGGAUACAAGCGUGUCAGUCCGCACUUCGUGCCCAAGAUUCUUGUGAACAUGCCGGCUGGCCAUGUCAGUAUCAGGUGUAAGCUGAAGGGCCCGAACCAUGCCGUGUCCACUGCCUGCACAACAGGCCUACAUGCUAUAGGAGACGCAGCCCGCUUCAUCCUCCAUGGAGAUGCUGAUGUCAUGGUAGCAGGGAGCACUGAAGCCUGUGUGGGGCCAGUUGCCAUCGCAGGCUUUGCCAGGAUGAGAGCUUUAAGUACAAACUUUAAUGAAAACCCAAACAAGGCCUCUCGACCUUUCGACAAGAACCGUGAUGGGUUUGUGAUGUCAGAAGGAGCAGGGAUGGUUGUGUUGGAGGAACUGGAACAUGCAAAGACUCGGGGUGCCCCAAUACUCGCUGAGGUCCUGGGGUAUGGCCUCUCAGGGGAUGGGUACCACAUCACCACCCCUAGUCAGGAUGGUUCAGGGGCGGAGAGGUGCAUGAAAGCAGCCAUGAAAGAUGCUGGUCUCGAUCCAAAGGACGUAGGUUACAUCAAUGCCCAUGCUACGUCGACCCCUAUUGGAGAUGCUGUGGAGAGUAAAGCAAUUGAAAAAACAUUUAAGGGAGAUAACUCUGCCGUCCUUGUGUCUUCAACAAAGGGUGCCUUGGGGCAUCUAUUAGGUGCAGCCGGGAGUGUGGAGGCGGUGUUCACUGUUCUAGCAUGUCAGACUGGGUGUAUACCUCCAACCAUUAACCUUGACACACCCGAUGAAGGAUGUCACCUUGACCUUGUGGCUAACAGGAGCGUGACCUGGUCAGGAAAUGGGGUCCAGAGAGUGGCACUCACUAACUCAUUUGGGUUUGGAGGUACAAAUGGGAGUCUUUGUAUUGCACAGUAUAUGGAGUGAUUGAAUUAUUAAAAAGAAAGCUUGCA